UCAACUCAGGAGGAGCACUCAUUUGACAGCAGUGGAGUGGAUUUAGAAGCAAUGGAAGGACCAUCUGGCACAUCUUUUCAGAUUGCACCUUUGCAGAAUCUGCCAACAUGUUCUUCAGGACCUUCUGAUUCUACCAACAAAACUGAGUACUGGAAGACCAUACCAGACUUGGCAAUGGCUGCUCAGCUGUACAGGGAGACUGUACUUGACAUUCAUGCAUCAGGGAAGCCACUGCAUUUGCACAUUGACCUCAGAGGCAGCAAGUCGGACCAGGAAAUGGCUUUAAUUGCUUUUUAUAAAGCACGCCGUGUGGAGUGGGCAAAUCCUGUGCAAUGCACACUUGAAGGUGAUCCUGCAAUCGGAGAGGGAGUGAACCGCUUCUUGUUCUCCAGAAUCAUGGAGAAGCUAAAAAAUGGUUUUAAGUUGAACUUUGGAAAUUCUGGUGAGACAAAGCUGUUUGAUGGAGAGCCAGACCAUCUUGUACCUUCAUCCUCUGCAUUCCUUGUUGAGAGUGACCUAUUUCUGAUGGCAGGCCGCAUGAUUGGUCAUUGCUUUUUGCAUGGAGGUCCUGCACUGACAGGCCUGAGCCCUGCGAUUGUUCACAUCCUGUGUGGGGGCACAGUUGAAACUGCCAUCAUACAAAUCAAUGACUGUCCAGACAUUGAUCUGCGGGAGAAAAUUACACUGCUUGAAGGGAGUGCUAAACUCUCAGCUGAUGAAAAGGAGAGCCUUGACAACUUGUGUCUUGCAUGGGACUUUCCUUUGAUGACAGAAAACAACCGAAGAUGGCUAUUUGAAAGGCUUCUAUGUCAUGCGGUUAUUGGACGUUUCAUGAGGCAAAUAAAGCAAAUAAGAAAAGGGCUUAAAGAAACCAUGUUGUGGCCACUCAUUAGUGAACGUCCAGAUGUAGCUCCAGUGAUUUUCCCUCGGGAGUCGAGUGCUUUCUUGACCCCACAGUGCAUUCUGGAACGCAUCAUCUGGCCUACAAUGACUGAUGAUGAUGACGACGACGAGUGUUCUGUAACAGAUAAGAGCCGCAUUGCAGGGUACCUUCGCCGGUUCAUUCAAAAUGCAUCCAGUGAUGAACUGAAGGCACUCAUGAAGUUCUGGGUUGGAUGGGAGGCUCCUACAACUACUCUCACGUUAGAGGUGACUGACUGUAGUCUGCCAAAGUCUUCCACGUGCUUCGAGACCCUCCGUCUUCCUGUCCGCUACAAAGACUUCACUGUAUUUAAGGAAGAACUGAUUGCCUGCCUUCAAACAUGUGACACUGGAUUUGGAUUGGUGUAAUGGCAAUGCUAAAAUGUAGCUUCUUUCAAAGGGGCAGUUCUCAUUCAUGUUUUUGUUCAGUGUUGGAUAUCAAAUUAAGACUACGCCCCUUUACCUCCACAAACAGUGUGCAAAUGUAUUCAAAGAAUUCAAUGAAUGUCUUCAUCUGCCUUUAUCUUUGAGUCCUUCUAUGUUUUCCCAUCACUCUAAAAUCUGAUGCAGGUCUUUAGUCUUUUUAAUCAUCUUUCUGACACCUUCAAAACCUUUUAUUUCAACAUUUCCCCCAAUGUGACCAUGUUGCAUUGUCUCCUGGGUUGUUUGUUGU